UCGAAUCGAGUCGAAACGAACAAACAUUGAUUUACAGUAUCGAAUAUAUUUAUGUUUUAUUCACAACAAUUUUCAAGGAUAUCUUUAAUUAAAUGUCAGUAGUUUGAAAUUAUCUACACUCAGAUUAGUACGUUGUAACGAAAAAUGUCUCUCGUAGGCAAAUUAGCUUUAGUAACAGGUGGAGCUUCUGGAAUAGGUAGAGCCACGUGUAGGAUUUUUUCAAAAGAAGGCGCUUCAGUCAUAGUAGCUGACAGAGAUCCGAAAGGAAUUAAGGAUACUUUAGAUAUUAUUAAUGAUAAAUCGAAAGAAAAACAUUUAGGAGUGGAAUUAGACGUAACUAAAUCUAGUAGUAUUAAUAAUACAUUAGAAAAAAGUUUGGAAAAAUUUUCAAAACCUCCUUCUAUAAUCGUUAACUGUGCCGGGAUAACGAGGGAUAAUUUUAUAUUAAAAUUAUCCGAGGAAGAUUUUGAUGAAGUUAUAAAUGUUAAUUUAAAAGGAACAUUUUUGAUAAUAAAAACAUUUGCGAAUUCCAUAGUGGAACACGGAAUCCAAAAUGGCUCUAUAAUAAACAUAUCUAGCAUAGUAGGUAAAUAUGGUAAUAUAGGUCAGUCUAAUUAUACGGCGAGCAAAGCUGGAGUGGAACUAUUAACAAAAACUGCAUCUAAAGAAUUCGCCAAAUUGGGCAUAAGGGUUAAUGCAGUUUUUCCUGGAAUGAUAAAAACUAAUAUGAUUGAAAGUGUACCUGAUAAAGUUAAAGAUCGUUUCAGAUCAAUGAUACCAAUGGGCAGAUUCGGAGAGCCGGAAGAAAUUGCCGAAGCGAUAACUUUCCUGGCCUCUGACAAAAGUUCUUACAUAACUGGAGCGUCUAUUUUUGUAACAGGAGGUUUUUAAAUAAAAAUAAUAUCGACAA